AUGUGCAUCAGAUUGCGGGUUUGUCUGAGAGGGGGCGAACUCGUACAUCCCAUUGCCUUCAUAGAUCCUACUUUUACAAGGAUGACAUCAACAUUUCAAGUCGAGAAGGCUGAAUAUUAUGACAACGGUCAUGACAAACUUGAACAAUGGUUCGGACACUUCAAUGUGCUGAGAUGCUACCAGAGAAGUGCUUCUCACUGUCCAAGACAGACUGACUGA